AAGGGCGGGGCCAGACUUUCCCGCCCUCCCUCCAUCUUGGCGCAGCGGAGCCUCAUCGGAGGCAGCGGAUCAAUCCGGAGCUUCGGCGGCUGAUCGGGAUUAUGCGGCAGCGCUGAUCGCCGCUCGAAAAUCUUCUGUUCCUGUUGGAGUCCAGCAGCUGACGUCACCUCAGCCUCCAGGCGUUAAACCGACCCGGAUGAGCCGCCUCGGGGGUCUGGACUAAUUCCUGGCUCUCCCUCCUCCCCUUUCCCUUCCCUCCCCCCUCCCUUCUCCCUCCCCCAAACCCUGCUCUGAGUCCAGACUGAAGCAGCGUCCUGAUUGGCCGCCUCUACCCGCCCACCCCCACCACAGGUGGAUGAAUGAAGACUCCAGCGGUUCCGGGGCCCCAGGAGGACGAGGGACAUCCAGGCGUCUCUGCAAACAUGAUGAAGAAGAAGAAUCCUCACAAGAAGCAGAAGACCAGCAUUGGUCCCAGUAAGACUCUGGUUCAGCCCCAAAGGAACAUGGUUGGCUGCAGGAUCCAGCACAUCUGGAAGGAGGGCAGUAAAUCCUCCCAGUGGAAAGGCACGGUCCUGGACCAGGUACCCGUCAAUCCCUCCCUGUACCUGAUCAAAUACGACGGCUUCGACUGCGUCUAUGGCCUGGAGCUGCACUCCGACGAGCGGGUGGUGGGGCUGGAGGUGCUCCCUGACAGAGUGGCUCAGGCUCGGGUGAGCGACUCCAUGCUGGCCGAGACCAUGAUCGGUAAGGCGGUGGAGCACAUGUUCGAGACAGAGGAAGGUCCCAAGGAGGAGUGGCGGGGGAUGGUUCUGGCUCGGGCCCCUAUCAUGACAUCCUGGUUCUACAUCACCUAUGAGAAGGACCCGGUUCUGUACAUGUACCAGCUGCUGGACGACUACAAAGAGGGAGACCUGCGCAUCUUGCCCGACUGCAACGACAAUAUGGCGUCAGAGCGGGAACCUGGCGAGGUGGUGGACAGUCUGGUGGGGAAGCAGGUGGAGUACGCCAAAGAGGGUGGCGGGAAGCGUUCGGGAAUGGUGAUCCACCAGGUGGAGGCCAAGCCCUCCGUCUACUUCAUCAAGUUCAACGACGACUUCCACAUCUACGUCUACGACCUGGUCAAGACCUCCUAGGAGCCCAGAAAGUUCCAGGACAGCAGCCGGAUUUCAGGGCAUCCAGAGAGACGAGUUGUGUGGCGCCGCGUCCUAAUCAGUCAUUAUUCUUUAAUGUUUCACCUGGUUCCGCUGAGACUCGUCACAAACAUCAUAAACCUUUGCGUCGGUCCGGACCUGCAGACAGAAUCCAGAGGAACCGCCCGUUUCCUGAAACCGAGCUGGACCCCCUGUGGUUCUGAGCUCAUGGGGUUAAUGAAGGGAGCGGCCCAGACCAGAACUCCUGCUUCUGGUGCCGGACGCAGCGGGUCAGCUGCUGGGGUUCUGUUUCCGGGUCCAGUAAAGACGUUCCCUGUAAUUAAGCAUUCGGUUCGGACCGGCGCCGCUCUGAAUACAUUUGUGCCAAAACGACCUUCACAUAGUUGAACUGUUUAAAUGUUCUGAUCCAAACCACAGAUUGUUCUG